UGUGUGGAGAGGGGGCGGAGGAAAAGGAGGAGAGAGAAAGAGAGAGAGAGAAAAAGAGAGACAGAACCCAGAGCUGCUGCUGCUGAUGCUGCAGCCGUUUGACAAUUCCCCACCCAUACAGAGCACCGAAGAAGGGAAGAGACUACAGCAAGGAGGAAGAAGGAGGGAGCGACUCCUCAGUAAAGAUGCUCCUGUGCUAGGCAACACACACGGUGCAAUGCGACUAUGUCCAGCUGAAACAAGCGUUUGCCACAGUGAGCCGGGAAAGAGACGUGGCCCAGCAGGAAAGGAGCCAACUCAAGGCCACAGUCGAAAAUCUGGAACACGUGCUAAAGCAUAUGCAUAAAGCCUUACAGCUGAAACAACAGUUGCAGACAGAGUAUGAGCAGGAAUUGGUGGCCUUUCACACCAAACAGAAGGAGGACAAUCAGCCAUCAAAGACUUGGGAUCAAACUGACCAACAGCAUGAAAAAGCAGUACAAUCAUUAGAGGUCAAACUUUGUGACCUGGAGCAGAAAUGCAGGUCACACAGUGAACACUUCCACCAGCUGUCAAAAAGGCCGCCAAACGUCCGUUUGCAAUCAGAGCCUGUGGAGUUCCUUAAUAGUUAUUCCACCUUGGUGUCCCAGAUCCCAGCCUCACCAGAAGAGAAACUCUCCCAGGUCUUUGUUGAAUUUGAAUUUGAAGCCCAAUCGCAGAAAGGUGAUCAGAGUGCACCAAAUGCUCAGCUUUUGAUCCCUCAGUUUUCGCCCUGCCCUCUGCAGACUGAAGACAGUGAAGCAUUCAAACUGCUGUCUGUCAAAUCCAGCAUUGUAGAAACGGACCGCUCCAGCAGCACCCAACAGCAUCCCCCAUCAGAGAUGGAGGAUGAGACAAGCUCAUCACCAAGGUCCAAACCUCGCUACACUGGCCAGGUUCGCCUUUGUACUGCCCGUUACAGUUAUAACCCUUAUGAUGGACCGAAUGAACAUCCUGAAGCAGAGCUCCCCCUUGUGGCUGGAAAGUAUCUGUAUGUGUAUGGAGACAUGGAUGAUGAUGGCUUUUAUGAAGGGGAGCUGCUGGAUGGCCAAAGAGGACUUGUUCCUUCCAACUUUGUGGAAUUUGUCCAGGAUAAAGAAAAACUAAUAGGGGAGGGAGGGGAGGACUUAGGCCCUCUGGACCACACAUCUCUGGCCCUGAUAACCGUGGAUGGAGGUGCCUCCCAAGAUGUCCUGCUGGGCUCAAGCAAUUCCCUGGUUCCAUGUAGCAAUGGUACAGGGGGAGCCCUGGAUCCUGAGGACCUAGCUGAAGAUGUUGUGCCUUAUCCCCGUAAGAUAACUCUCAUCAAGCAGCUGGCACGAAGUGUUAUUGUGGCAUGGGAGCCUCCGGUAGUGCCUUUGGGCUGGGGGAACAUCUCUGGCUACAAUGUGUUAGUCGAUGGGGAGCUUCGUGCCAGUAUACCAUACACCGGCCGGACCAAGUGCUUGCUGGAAAAGCUGGACUUGGACAGCUGCAUUUAUCGUGUUUCUGUGCAGAGCGUCACUGACCGUGGAUUGUCGGACGAGCUCCGUUGCACCGUGCUGGUGGGAGCCAACGUGGUAGUGGCACCGUGUGGAAUGCGGGUAGAUGACAUCCAGCGGGACACUGCCGAGCUCUCCUGGCUGCCUAGCAACAGUAACUACAGUCACACUGUGUACUUAGAUGGAGCGGAGCAUGCUGUAGUGAAGCCUGGAAGGUAUCGACUACGGUUCCACAACCUGAAGCCCCUGAUGGUGUAUAAGGUCACAGUAGUAGCACAGCCCCACCAGGUACCAUGGCAACUGCCUCUGGAGCAGAGAGAGAGGAAAGAAGCUGGAGUGGAGUUUUGCACUCAAGCAGCAGGCCCAACGCUCUUUUGCAGAACAGGCCCCCCAAUGCCCCCGCAAGAUGUUCAGGUGCACUGUGGGCAGGCUCCAGGUGUUCUUCAAGUCCGCUGGAAGCCUCCCGUCCUCUCUCCGACAGGCACAUCUAAUGGGGCAAAUGUCGUUGGCUAUGCAGUCUGCACUAAAGGACAAAGGAUAGCUGAGGUGCUGUUUCCAAUGGCAGACUAUGUUACUGUUGAUAUGACGAGGAUUCAAUGUCUGGAGGCCAGAGAAGUCAUUGUUAGGACACUGUCAGUCCAGGGAGAAUCCCAGGACUCCCAAGUCGCCGUCAUUCCAAACAACCUGCUUGUGCCUCUACCUCCCCUACCCUUGCCACCCCCAAUGCACCCACAUGCAGGCCCUCCUCCACAUCCGCAUCCGCAUCCUCAACCUCACAUCCUAUCUCCUCACCUUUCUCACCCCACUCCCCAACUUCCUGCUCCACCCCUUGUGCAUCCACACCCACCUCAUCCACCACAUCCACAUACCCUUCCCAGACUUCCUCAUCCAGGCGGAUCCCCACAUCCCCAACCACAGCCCUUACACCUGCAGCCUCACCCUCUCCACCAGGGUCGCAGGCCCCAGCACCAACUGCCUCUGCUGCCCCACCCUCAGCCCCACCCUAUACCUCAGAGACCAGUAAGUGCCAGAGACCUGGAUGCCAAAGAGCACACAGCCCACCAUGGAGGAGCUAUUCCACCUGGCCAGCCUGGCUGGGACCCAACUCGAUCUCCUUUGCAGCUUCCUGUCCCCAUGCAAGGUCACACUCUUGAGGCCCCUCCCCCUGUCCAUUUGCGCUCCCCUUCCCCUCAGAGAAUUCUUCCUCAGCCCCAAGGUACCCUUAUCCCGGAUACCGUGGCCAAAGCCAUUGCUCGAGAAGCAGCACAAAGGGUGGCAGCAGAAAGUGGCAAGGGAGAGAGAAGGAUGGGGAGAUAUGGAGAACAGGGUCAUUCAUUUCACCAGCAUCCCUCUGAUGAGGAAGAGGAAGAUGAGGAGGGAUUUGCUCGAGGACGUCGGAGAGGACCUUCAGUUGACGAGUUUCUCAGAGGCUCUGAGCUGGGGAGACCGCCUCACUAUAGUCACAAUGAAGAUUAUCACAGCGAGAGCAGCCGGGGCUCUGACCUGUCUGACAUCAUGGAGGAGGAUGAGGAGGAGCUGUACUCUGAGAUGCAGCUGGAAGAGGGACGACGACGCAACUCGCACAACACACCCAAGACAAACAGUCAAAGUGGCGGCCGUCAUGACCGGGAUGGUGGCAGACGAAUUCAACAUGGCGGAUCCCAUCCCAAGAGGUGCCCUCUAAUGGUCCCAUCAAUUGAAGUAACCUCUGAGAAUAACAAUGAGGGAAACCCCUCCCCCAUCAAUGAAGAUGUUAACUUUGGCAGAGUAGCUCGACACAAGGCGUGGUCAUCCCGCAGGCACACGGGAAGCACCAGGUCUCCCCAUGACGGCUACAGGAAUCGGGACCGACACUCACCAACAUACUAUGACGAGUCAGAGCCUGAGGAGCCUUUUCGGAUAUUUGUGGCCCUCUUUGACUACGAUCCUCUGUCUAUGUCCCCCAACCCAGAUGCUGCUGAUGAGGAGCUACCAUUCAAAGAGGGGCAGAUAAUUAAGGUUUAUGGUGAUAAGGACACAGAUGGGUUUUACAGAGGAGCAAUAAAAGGCAGGAUGGGGCUGCUCCCUUGUAACAUGGUGUCAGAGAUACGAGCAGACGACGAGGAGACCAUGGAUCAGCUCAUCAAGCAGGGCUUUCUGCCUCUCAGCACCCCUGUGGACAAAAUAGAGCAGAACAGAAGAGGUCUCCGUCGAGAUCAGGCCUCGAGGAGAAUGGUGGCCCUGUACGACUACGAUCCCAGAGAGAGCUCCCCUAAUGUUGAUGUUGAGGCUGAGCUGACGUUCUGUGCUGGUGACAUCAUUGCUGUUUUUGGGGACAUUGAUGAAGAUGGGUUUUACUAUGGUGAGCUCAAUGGCCAUCAUGGCCUGGUGCCCUCUAACUUCUUGGAAGAAGUGCCUGAUGACGUGGAGGUCUAUCUGACCGACACCCCGUCCCACUACCCCCAGGAAGAGCCUGCCAACCGGCCCCUUGCCAACUCCACUGCAACUGUGUCAGAGGGAAAAAGGGUCACCGCAGAAAACACAGACAUGACCAACAACAUCACCACACCCUUCCGGGCGCCAUCCCCGAUCGUUCGCCCCCUCCUUCCAGGAACUAUGAGACCGCUCAGCCCUCCGAGGGUUCACCAUGUCCCGCUGGACCCCAGGGACCCUCAAGAUCUGGCAAACAAGAAGAAGAAAGGAAUACUCUCCAAGGGAAAGAAACUGCUUAAGAGACUCUCCCCUGUGAAACAACAAUAAUGAUAAUUAUUAAAUAGCAUAUACAUACAAUACAUAUUUCUGUGGGGCUCUGUACAUAGCAUCCAAACAAUCAACUGUGAUGUGACGGUACAUUACAGAGUGGGCAUGACUGCGUGAGCCUAGCAAGUGAUACAAAUGUGUUCAGUAAUGGAUAAAAAAAACACAUACAUUUUGUACAGUGAAGUGCCAAAAUCAAGAGUGAAGUGACUGUCAGAAACAAACACAUAUUACUGUGAUGUAUUUCAAAUUAAGGGAUGCUUUAUUUAAAAAGAAAAACUAGGAUUUUCAUGACAUGCAUUUCUCUUGUUUCCUUUACCUUUAACCCUCUAUAAUAUCGUGUUGCCCUCAAGUAACAAACCCAUUGUUCCACAAUGCAUCCCACUGAAUGGUGCAAUACUUUAAAAAAGAGGGGAGACCAUAAGGAACCAAUAACAACGCUUUAAGUUGCCACAUGACUUUCAGGAAGCCAUUUUCAAAGCUUGCGUUUUUUAAGGAAACAACUUUCUUGCUUUGCAAACAAAAAGUAAAAGUAACAUCUAUCUACAGUCUAUCUGGAAAAAUAGGCUUACACUAAUAGAUAUAAAGCUUUAAUUUGUUAAGGUUUAUAUCAGUUUAUUCACUAAUAAAACAAUAAAAACUUGUUAAAACGCAUCUGUUGCCCUGAGGCAACAAUGUACUAUUAUGGUCGAUUGAAUAUUUUACUUUAAGGCAACAGUGAACUACUUUAGGAUCACCAUGGCUGCAUGCAAAUUUGGUAGUGUGUAUUUAGGUAUAUGCAAGGUCAAAGUCAUUCAGAAUAAUUUUGUUUUAAUCUUUACAAUUUAACAAAGCGUUGCUGUUGAACAAAAACUUCUUAUUUCCCAAAACAGAACUUUUCAGGAAUGAAAAAAACAUAUUUUGUCUAAAUGUCAAUUUAAUACUGUUUGGUCAAAGACACACUGUUUUUGAUACUUUUAAAUGGAUAUUUAUCAGUGACACUACAGACAGGUGUGAAGGGUGAUCAGGAGAGUUGAUUUUUUUAAGAAAACAAGAGAUAAAAAUGGAGACACAAGGUUUUCGCUCAACAGCAACACGAGAUCCAUUUGAUGUUGGCUGCAGUAAAGUAAAAUUCAAGCUAUUAUUAUGAUCUGUAAGCCAUAUUAUACUAUUACAGUGAAUUUGCAAAUCUUUUUCUAUUAGAAUUGCUAUGCAUUUUGUUCCAUUUACAGAAUAAAUUCGGCCCUAUUCUAUAACUCUGGAAGGACGAAUAUGGUGGAAAUCACACCUCCAGUUGACCAAGUAGAGAUGAAGACGAUGAGCUGUAAGAAUACUUGUCAGGGAAAGUGAGACUGAUGAGGAUGAAAGCAAGAAUUGGGAUAAGGAUGAGGGUAGAGAGGGUGAAAUUACAGGGGCAGGUAUCUCUGCCACAGAUAAAUGGACGAUGUGAUUUCUUUCCUUUAUUUUCCCUUAAAGGGGCAUCGAAUGAGGCUGAACUCAUUCUGUAAAUGAAUGAAUGGAAAAGAUAUGUUUACUGUAAUUCUAGUCUAAUUCUAGUCUAAAAAGUAUAGUAAGAGGCCGGAUUUUAUUUUAUUGCAAACAACAUUAGGUUUCAAUUGUUGUAUUUUGUCGUACUCGUCGUCUUCCACGUUAUCCGGGACUGGGUCGCGGGGGCAGCAUACUCAGCAGAGACGCCCAGACGUCCUCAGACACCUCCUCCGGGGGGGAGCCCAAGGCGUUCCCAGGCC